AUGUUUUGCGCAAAACCUCCUACAAACGCUACCACGGUACUUGUGGAAGCUCCCAAGGCACCUGUGGGUAGGAAUGAUGUAUAUACUGAUGAGAUUGACAGCCAAAAGCGUUUGUCUCUUUUUGCUCAGCACGAUUUGAUAAUAAAAAUCGAAAAUACAAAACUGCACGUGAACAAGGAACAACUUAUGGCCGAGUCACCAGUAUUUGAGAAAAUGUUUACGUCAGACUUUAAAGAAAAGGAUAAACAGGAAAUAGAAUUGGAUGGAAAAGACCUAAACAGUUUUGUUGACUUUCUAAGGUGCACUUUACCAGGAAUUGAUGAAAAAUUAACAGAUAAAACGGUUCACUCGGUGAUUCCUCUGGCAAGUGAAUAUCAAACGUCAAGAACACUGCGAAAAGCUGAUGAGUUUCUUGCAGAGAAGAGCAAAGUCAUUGGAGAUAAAAUUACUUCUGAGCAAAUAAUCACGAACAUAUUACAAGCAGAGCUCUAUCAACUACCAUCGUUCCUGGAGGAAUCUAUAACCAUUGCCUCCAGGAAAUCGUUUGACAAAUUUGUAAAAAAUCCAAAACUUGAUGAAAUUACUUCUGAAACCAGAAUGAAAAUUGCUUUAAAGCGUUGGAGCGACAUCGAUGCAGUUUUUAAAUCUACAGGUCAUCUCAAUCAUACAUCGGAAAGUGUUGACUUUUAUAAGACAGUGCCAUCUCCACCGCAGUUACAAUCAGGAUCUACUGGCGGUAUUUCCCAUUCUCCCAGUGUUGGUUUAUUUGGUGUAUCACAACAAAGAGAUCUACCCAUUCAACUCAAACCAUUCAUGCAGACAAAUUAAUCUCAAUUGUCGAAUUUGAUAUGAUUAGUAACGAAUCUUGACUAGGUUAUAACAUACUUACACAAUGUGUAUUGGCUCAUGGUGAUUUUACAUCAAAUUUUAUUGAUGUUUUUUUUUUCAUUUGUGUUAAAUAAACUGCCUUUA